AUGAGCUUUGGGAUCAGCGUAGGCGAUAUUCUGAAGCUCUGCGAGAUGGCCGGCCGCCGCGACUGUACGGGCGAGUACAAGUCGUUCACAGGUGAAGCACGAAGUCUUGCAAAUCUCCUUGAGGAUAUCCAAGACAAGUAUGGUACGUCAUCUGAAGACAUCUCUGCUCGUGAUCGCAUCUUACCUGAAACUGUUCUAUUUGCUACGUCCAAGGAGAUCGCUAACGGCGAUAUUCCAGAUAAGAUCCCGGAGAGCAAGCGGCAGCAGCUUGUAGAUGCCUACGAGCCAUGUGUCGAUGUUCUCCAGGAGCUCGACAAAUUGCUUCUACAUUACAAUAGCCUCGAUACCAAGGCUGCACGUACAUGGAACCGACUGAAGUUUGAUCCUGAAAGAUCCAAGACACUCAGAGAGAAGCUUGUCGCAAGCGUGGCGAUGCUGAACACAUUUUACACUUCCUUGAUACACGACGGCCAGGUCUUGAUCCUUGAAGCGUUGGGACGACUGGAAAGGGACUACAGAGGGGGGCAUCGAGAGGAAAGCGUGGCAUCCAUCGAAAGGAUCGCCUCUGCCGAGAGCGAGAAUGAUGAUGAAGCCUGGAGUCAAAUACUUCGCGACCUCGAAGAUGUCGGGAUCUCCCAGCACGAAGCACUUGGCUAUCGUGAUAUGAUAGUAGACUGGCUCAUAACUGCAGUCAACGAGGGCAGGCUACACGAGCAAGAGCCAGAACAGAAUAUGUUCUCCACCAUGCCGCAGACAUUGACAACAGCUUUAUCGCACCCACAAGCAUGGGCCAAGCCGGUAUCACCUCUUCUCGACGUGCCUGCAACGAUUCCACUUUCUCAAGGGGACCAUGAACCUCAUGUAGUAGGGCAGGAAUCGUUGUUGAAUGCGCCACUUCCUGGCCAAACGAACCUUCUCCGUCCUUUGAUGAUACCCCUUCCACACUCUGCACCACGAAGCAUGUCACCGAGCAAUGCAUCGCAGAUAUCUGAUACUGAUGCCGCGUCACUAUACGAUUCACCAAGGAUAUCAUCAGCACAGUCAGUACAUAACGAGCUUCGAGUUGGACAGGUCUCAGUAGCAGCGUCUACGACGAUCCCUAUCCAGGCUGGGCAGUAUCUUCCACCAGACACUACAGCUCAAAAUCCAACCACUACAUCCGUGCCAACUCAGACUCUUCCUGCUUCCGUUACAUCUCCGCAGGAACCUCCUCCAAGCUAUUACAAUAAGAUAGAGACAUUAACAGUGAACUUUGAGUGGACGGCGCAACAGAUAGUGGCUGCCUGGAGUCGCCACGACUUUUUGUCGUCGGAGAAACUUCUUGAAGAACAUCUUGCAGCGGUCGAACUUGGCCAGACGGUAUCCUCUGGCAUACAGCCUGAUCGGCGUAUCCUGAGACAUCUUAUCGGAGUAUGUGCUUCUUUUACUGGCAACUUCACAAAAGCCAAACACAUGUUCGAAAGCUCAUUCAAUGGCAUCUAUCUCAAUCGCGGAAGCCUCGACGAUGGUGAUAUCGCUGCAGCUCGAUGGCUUGGUGAUGCUUGUCUACAUCUUGGGGAGCAUCACAAUGCCUUACUUGCGUAUAGUGUCGCCUGUGAGGGCUCGAUUGGACGUUUCGGAAUCUCCCAAGAGCGUACUAGAAGGGCGGGCAUCGAAGUAAGGUUACUGGACCACUGGCUGUUCGUGUUCGGGCGUAUAGAGGGCUCUUUCCGUCAAAAUCUCGAUCCAACGGAUAUCUUUGCCUCUACGCAUGCUGCGGAGAAAAGUGAUCUUAUACACGCUGUCGAAACACGUCUAUAUGAGAUAGGAGAGCUCGGCGGCAACUACCCAGGCCCUCCAAUCACGCAAUACAAGCGACCAACAUGGACUGUUGGACCGCGCCCACAGAUUGAAACGAUGAUAUCAGAGGGUUUCUUGUUAGCGCCAUUGAUUUCCCUCAGUACUUGGCCUCUGCCCUGGGAUCCGACCUUUUCGCCGCAAGCAGCCGUACAGCUAGGCAGGUUCAUGAAUACCAUCCAGAUAGUGAAGGAUGUGACGCCGUUGGCGGAGCGGCCAUUACCCACCAACAGCCUAGGCAACUCGAGAGCACUUCAUUACGUUACCAAGCGAAGCAGCGCAUGGCUGAUAGGCGCUGUCAAGACAGGACUUCGGGUAAUGGGCAUCGAACAUACCGAGCAUGCGUACGAGGCUUCUAUCGUUUGCUGCCUCAACCGCUACCAGGAUGGCUUCGCUUUUUCGGAAGGGUUUGAGAUUAGCUUCAGAAAACUUCAGUUCCGCAAUGUCCAUGGGAUCAUGAUAUCGGACAUGAAAUGGGCCACCAGGAACAUUGGUCCAAUUCGCCGUGGAGUUGCUCCGCCCGGUACUACCGAGUUCAGAGAUCUUAUCAAGAGCAUACUGGAAGCAGCUGAGAUUGAGGAGAGUGGCAUGGGCACAAGUCCAUCUUUACCGCAGACGCCACCUAUCAAGAAGAGAGCUAUGUAUGGCUGA